GUUCGAGAUCAGAUCGAGAAGAAGGAUGACUCUCAGGUUCUCAUGUUUUGGCUUAUUCGGUAAGUGCAUAAUCUCCUUUCUUUGUAGUGUCCAGCUUCAGGAAUUUGCUGCACAUUAAGAUCAGAACGUAAAUUCUUGACGUAUUACAGAGUGGAAAAGCUUAAGUAGUGAUCUAGAAUGUUUGGUGGAGUUCCUGAGGUGGACUAACAAAGGAUCUAAAUUUCCUCUGCAUGGUUGCCACGUGGAAAGUACUUGGGCUCAACAAGAGAUUAUAUAAUAAGUUGGAACUUCUCCAAGGGCUCAACAGCUAUAUAGGCAGUCUCAGAACCUGCCGAUCCUGGCAAAUAAUGACAAUGCAGUAGGCCUGUCAAAAUGGUUUCGGUUUUUCGGUUUAACCCGAACCGGUAGCAGGUGUCUUCGGUUUCGGGUUUUCGGUUUCAACCCGAGAAAGGCACAUCCGGUUUCGGUUCACCUAAACCCGAAAACCAACAAGGAACCCGAAAACCGAAGCUCUCUGUUAAGCUCGCCAUUGUCUUCGAAAACCCUACACGCUACAAGGCGAUUCUGCGCAGGCGAUUCUCCUUCGCGGCGUCGGCUACCGGCGAUUCUCUUUCAAUCGAAUGCAGAAGUCGGCUACAGGCGAUUCUGCGCAGUCAGAGCUUCGCCAAAUCUUACCCUGCAACUCUUCGCCAUCCCUUCGUCGGCAACUCAUCCGUUCGUUCAAGAUCGAAGCUUAUCUCGUCGGGCGUCGACGCUCACGCAUCUGGGUAUCAAGCCCUUCGCAGUUCGCACUUCGCACUUCGCCGGACGUCCUUCUUCGAUCUAGUGUUAGGGUUCCCCUGGUCUCGUUGAUUUCUCUCCUGGCUUCAUCGAUUUGAGAUCAGCUAUGGCAUCCCAGUAAGCUCCUCUAUCUUACUAUCUGUUGCUCUUCUUCUUCACCACUUAUUUGCUUUCUUCGCUUGCUGGUGCUCUUUACAUCCUUCUGCUUCUUCUGGCAAGUAGUGGAUUUGGGUUUUAUUGUGCUCAGUGGAUGGCCGUUUGGGGUGAAUUUCUUUUAUCGGUAUCUCAUAUGAUCCUAUGCUUCUUCUUGUAAGAUGAUCCGUUUAAGACAUGAUCAAUAUGGUAUUAUGGUGGAUUAGUUUUUGUUUUGUGUGGGUGUUAAUGGUGGAUGUGAUGCUAGAGAUCAGAAGAGAGAGCUACCGGGGACGGAUUUUGUCGUUGCUGGUUUAUCUUCUCCUAUGUCUGGGUUUGGACUACUGGCAUUUGGCCAAGCUUUGGAAUUAUCUAUAUGCUAUGAUUAGUUAAUGUGGCUCAAGCCUAUUGUCUUCAUCUUGACGUUGAGAUCAAUGUGUAGUUAGGAAAGUAAAACUCUCUUUAGCUCAUCAAUUAGGCUGCUUGCACAGUUCACUUACCGUUUGAAUUAAUCAGCUUUUUGGAGUUAAUUGACUCCAUCCAAGACUUUGACGAUUGGAACUUGCAAUAGAGUGUUACGGCCUGAAUUCUCAUGCAUUUUGGGGUGUUUGUGAUAUGUUUAUUGUUGGUUGACAGGACCUGCCGGCUGCCGCGCACUUUUCCUGGCCACCCAUGGCUGGACACUCCGGAAGGCCAUGCUGCUCUUCGUCGUGUUCUCGUUGGAUACUCCUUCCGGGAUUCAGAUGUUGGUUAUUGCCAGGUGAGGUGUCCUUCAUUCCUGAAGUAACCAGCAUCUUAGUCAAGAACUGAAUCUUUGAGUCUCUUCUUAUUUUGUGCUAACUGUGAAUUGUCCUUGAUGCAGGGUCUAAACUACGUAGCGGCAUAGUUGUUGCUCGUGAUGAAAACCGAGGAAGAUGCAUUCUGGAUGCUGGCUGUCCUCUUAGAAAACGUCUUGGUUAGUGACUGCUACACAAACAACUUGUCGGGAUGUCAUGUUGAACAAAGAGUGUUCAAGGAUUUGCUAGCCAAACAAUGCCCAAGGUAUUUACCUUCAAUGCAAACACUUAUGUUUCUUCGUAACCCUCUUGGUGCAAUUGACACUAAGAAAAAUAACGGGAAAUGUGCAGGAUAGCUGCUCACUUGGACUCAUUGGAGUUUGAUGUCUCACUCGUGGCUACCGAAUGGUUUUUAUGCCUCUUCUCCAAGAGCUGGGAAAGUGAUCUAUAGCCUGAGUUUGGAACUUGAGACACAAGAAGUGUAGUUGGAGCCUUGGAGGGAUCUAGUGAGGAGUGUGUCUUAGUGAAUUAUGGAGAGAGCGAUGUAGAAGGACCUAUGCAUCGAAAUUCCUGAUUGUUUUUGAGCUCGCGGACAAAUUCCUUGGUUGCUGCUGCAGCUAUCCAGGGAUCAGUGUGGUUUGAGCUAGGCUAAGGGUAGAAGAUUACCAGCUGCUUUCUGUUAGAAAUUAGAAUGAGUGGAUUUAGUUAAGUGUAAAGAGUUGCACCUUGAAUUGUAACUGCAUUUACUUUGUGGUAUCAAAAGAGAGAUUGCAAUGUUUGCAGGACUUUGAGUCAUUUUUCAGCAGCCAUAUUCUAUGUCAUUGUAACUGAGAAUCACCUGCCCCCAAUCCUCGUGUUGUUACUGCUUCAGUUCAGUUAAAAAAAAAAACUUCAAUCCGGUUCGGUUUCGGUUCACCCGAACCGAACCAAAACCGCAGUUAUUUUUCGGGUUCCUGUACCCGAAACCCGCAAAGCAUAUGGUCGGUUUCGGGUUGGCGGGUUUCGGUUUCUCGGUUUUUUGCGGUUUCCAACCGAACCGACAGCCCUACAAGGCAGGGUGUCUGGCCGACCAGAUAGCCAACAAGCUCGAGGACCAGCCCUGCCCUGCAGGGAGAAGUGUUGUCGUUGCCCAACUCAGCAACUAGCCCAACUCGAUGGAUAAGUGCGACAUUGGGAUCAACCACACGAGAGAGGGAGUUAUGCUGGCGCCUGCCGGUGUGCGUCUGUAAGUUGGUGCCAAUCCUUGUCCUUACAAACUACACUCGGACACAAUUCGCGAGGUACGUCGGCGCAGGGCUUGGUGGUUGUGCGUGCUUAGUACUGGGACUCCAGGCAGGAUUUUUGCCCGCGCCCACCGUUGGAUCCCGAUGGCAGGGUUCAGUGGGUUUUCGUUGCUGGUAGGAAUGCUGCUUUGGCUGUUUGUUUGAGAUAAAAAUGGAGGGGACUUGUGAUUUUCUAUGUUUUUGGGCAUCUGUUUUAGAAGUGAUGUGGUUGACCUUCAUGUAAAGUAGUGGUGAAUGUCUGAUUAACUUGUCUUUAACGUGACGAUCCAGACCACAUUGUAUGAAUUCCAUCCACAGUUUCCAAGUCUCAGGGAUUAGUAAAUCUCAGUGUUCAUUAAUAGAUCUUCACUAGGGUGGAUACUUUCGCUUAUGUGGAAUUUUGGUUUCUUCGUCUAGUGGCCCUAGAAUAAUUAGUAUAUAUAAAGCCCCUAAUUGCUUAAGGGGUCCAGUAGCAUGAGGGCGGGUGCACCACAGCUUCCCUACACACGCUUUCCCUCAUCACCCAUCCUAGAUUUUCGUUAGGUUUCUUCCCUCAGGCAAUCGCCUAGCGGCUGGACAAGUACAGAGCGCUUCCCUCCGACGAUAAAUGGGCAAGCCUAAUCGACGUUAGAAAUUAGUAUAUAUAAAGCGCCUAAUUGCUUAAGGGGUCCAGUAGCAUGAGGGCGGGUGUACCACAGCUUCCCUACACCCGCUUUCCCUCAUCACCCAUCCUAGAUUUUCGUUAGGUUUCUUCCCUCCGGCAAUCGCCUAGCGGCUAGACAAGUACAGAGCGCUUCCCUCCGACGAUAAACGGGCAAGCCUAAUCGACGUUAGAAACUUUUCACUUGCUAGCCCAAUGAGUUGCGAUAGGGAUCACCGCAAGCCCCCGUGUGCCCUCUUUUCCCCUCCCAGACUUUUCUUCGAUCCCCUGCGGCUAGCCAAGUUGCGUUUGAUGACCCAUCGCUUCGGCUCCAUUCCCAAUUAUCCUGUGGUGUGAUGGAAUGCGGCAGGGUUCAUCAUAAUCUCCUAUGCAGAAUGGACCCUCGACAUCCAUCUCUAUCUCUGCAUGUUGUGGGAUAAACAAGCAGCUUUCUGUCUUUCUCUCUUCUUCUUUUUCGUCUAAUUGUCGCAUGGAUGAGGGGCCAUAAAAUGAACAAGUCGAUAGCUAAGGCUUCUCUCCCAAACUCCCUCAAUUAGAACGUGUGUUGGGCUAGGCAGGACAGAGCAAGCACUUCUGUUAGUUGGGCAAGCAUACGCUUUCAACCUAUGGAGUCAAUCGAAAUCUACAGAAACCUCCAAUCCACCAUAAUAAAGGAGGUAGACAAGAAUAUAAUUGACAUGCACCACAAAUCUUUUUCCCCCACCGAGAACAGAGAUUGGACGAAUGCAGAACCAAGCUCUCUAUCACUUCUUCUCUUCAUUCCCGAGUUCCAUUUAUCAAGAAUUUACCUGCACACACAAAUUGUCUUUCUCACACACAUAAGCUACUCAAUAACAGAGAUUGGAAAAAUCCAAAACCAAGCUCUAUCCCCAUCACUUCUCUCCAGCUUUGCAAUUGCGCUAGAAAUCAUCCCUGGUGCACUUAGAAUUCUCGCAUGCAAAGUAGACAGUAAAUGGCACUCUCGAAUACUGGAUUACACUAAAGAACGAACCUAGAAACCUACACUUCUAGCUUAUAGCAAGAAUAUGGUAACAAAUGAAGAUAAUGCUCCUCUUCGUAUCUUUGGAUUAUUGUGUGGGUUAUUCCAAGCAUGCAUGCGUUACAUAUGGCAACAAAACGAGGGACACCUGUAAACAUUCACUAACCUUAUGCCUUCACUUCACCAAACUUCAAACGACGAUGCGUAAUUGUCCGGAUGUCGAGUUUGAUGCCUUCACUUCACCUAAAUCAAUUUGGCAUUUGGAUGGUGUUUUCUUUUUCGUUUAUUCAUGACUUUUCUUUUCAACCUAUAAAUUAUUAAUUCUAAUUUUUAUUUAUUUAUCGAUAAUGAAAGUACAUAAAUGGUAAAUGAUUUUUAAACAUUCUCAAGAUCCUUCAAAGACACAAAGUUGUAUUUGUUUCUUAAGAAAAGUUAUAAAAUCAC